CAUUGCAAGGCAGGUAAAACAUGAGGGAAAGAAGCUUUUUCCCAUUUCGAAGACCGUUUCUCUGUGUCUCUCUCAAAACCUAUAUUUCUGUCAGCGUGUCUCAUUUACAUCCUCUGAGUAAAGCAACCGAACCCAUGGCUUCCUUUCAUCCACCUUUACUCUAAAAACCGCUUUCGAAAUCAAAAACCUUUAGAGGCACAUUCUUUAUGCACUCUAUGGAUUUGAGGAGAUUUCCAAUCACCAAACCUACCCGUAUCUUCUACUCCAUCACCCGCCGCUUAACCUGCGUCACCUCCAUCGCUCACCACCUACAAGAACAACCUCCUCAAUCUCAGCAUCGGCCGCCAUUACAGCUCCAGAGACAGAGCCAUUCACAGCCUCCAAAUCAGAGUUUGCUCAACUGGGUAUCUACUAUCCUCUCGAAACCAUCUCUAGAUUCUUCCAUGUGUAAAUCAGUCAUUCCCCAUUUAUCUCCUUCCGAAUUUGAUCAGAUAUUUUUAUCUUUGAAGUCCAAUUUGAACCCCAAAACUACUCUGAAUUUCUUCUAUUUUGCGUCUGAAGCUUUUAGGUUUCCGUUUACUGUGAGAUCCUAUUGCCUUUUAAUUCGUUUGCUUAUUGUAUCGAACCUGGUUUCGCCUGCAAGAUUGCUCCUGAUCCGUUUGAUUGAUGGUAAAAUGCCUGUUUUAUUUGCCAGCACAAAAAAUCGGCACGUUGAGAUUGCCACUAUGAUGGCAGAUUUGAAUUUGCCGUCCGAGCGAGUUCUUGGGGUACAGGCAUUGGAUAUGUUAGUUCACGUUUACUGUACCCAGUUUAAGAAUCUCGGUUUUGGUUUUGCUAUUGAUGUGUUUAGGUUAUCUGCGAGCAAGGGCAUGUUUCCUUCUCUGAAGACUUGCAAUUUUUUUCUAAGUUCUUUGGUGAAAGCAAAUGAGCUUCAAAAGAGUUGUGAAGUGUUUGAAGUGAUGUGUCGAGGUGUUUCUCCGGAUGUUUACUUGCUUAGUACCGCAAUUAAUGCCCUUUGUAAGGGAGGGAAGGUUGAAGACGCGAUUGGGUUGUUCUUGAAAAUGGAGAAGUUGGGUGUUGCCCCAAAUGCCGUCACAUACAAUAAUAUAAUACAUGGCUUAUGCAAGAACGGGAGAUUAGAGGAGGCAUUGCAGUUUAGAGAGAGGAUGUUAAGGAACAACGUGAAACCAAGUCUUAUAACUUAUAGUGUACUUAUUAAUGGAUUUAUUACGCUGGAGAAAUUUUAUGAAGCAAAUUCUGUUUUGAAGGAAAUGUCAGACAGGGGCUUUGUUCCGAAUGAGGUUGUAUAUAACACAUUGAUUGACGGGCAUUGUAAAACUGGAAAUAUUAGUGAGGCACUGAAGAUAAGGGAUGAUAUGGUAUCCAAGGGAAUAGCUCCUAAUUCAGUUACCCUUAAUUCUCUCAUACAGGGUUUUUGCAAGAGUAAUCAUAUGGAACAUGCUGAGCAUCUUUUAAAGGAGAUGUUAUUGAGAGGGUUAUCCAUAAGCCAGGUGGCUUAUACUUCGGUCAUUCACGGGUUAUGUAUGAAGUCUAGGUUUAAUUCUGCACUACUAUUCACUAAGGAGAUGCUAUCUAGAGACUUUAGACCCAGUAAUUCGUUGAUUACCACACUGGUUGUUGGACUUUGUAAGGACGGAAAGCAUUCAGAGGCAGUUGAACUUUGGUUUAGCUUAUUGAAGAAAGGGUUCGCAGCCAAUAUAGUGACCUCAAAUGCUCUAAUUCAUGGACUUUGUGAAGCAGGUAACAUGCAAGAGGCUGUUAGGUUACUCAAGGAGAUGCUAGAGAGGGGUUUGGUAUUAGAUAAGAUCACAUACAACACACUCAUCUUGGGGUGUUGCAAAGAGGGGAAAGUGGAGGAAGCUUUCAAGCUUAAGGAAGAGAUGGAUAAACAAGGAAUUCAACCAGAUACCUAUACUUACAAUUUGCUAAUUCAUGGAUUGUGUAAUAUGGGUAAAGUGGAUGCUGCUGCUAAGCUUUGGGAUGAGUGCAAAGGAAAUGGCAUGGCUCCCAAUGUUUAUUCAUAUGGGGUGAUGAUAGAUGGAUAUUGCAAAGCUGACAGAAUUGAAGAGGGUGAAAACCUAUUCAAUGAGUUGGUUACUAAGAAAGUGGAGCUAAAUUUUGUUGUUUAUAAUACACUAAUCAGAGGAUACUGUAGAAAGGGGAAUAUGAUUGCAGCCUUUAAACUCCGUGAUGACAUGAAAAGCAAUGGUAUUCCACCUACUUGUAACACAUAUUCUUCUCUGAUACAUGGAAUGUGCAAUAUUGGCCGUGUUGAAGAUGCAAAAGACCUUCUCAAUGAAAUGAGAAAGGAGGGUUUGUUGCCAAAUGUUGUUUGUUAUACUGCACUAAUUGGUGGUUUUUGUAAGCUGGGCCAGAUGGAAAAAGCUCAAAGUGUCUUGCUGGAAAUGUCAUCACAUAACAUACACCCUAAUAAAAUUACCUACACUGUCAUGAUUGAUGGGUAUUGUAAAUUGGGCAAUAUGAAAGAAGCAACUAAGAUGCUAAAUCUGAUGGCAGAAAGUGGAAUUCUCCCUGAUGCUGUCACAUACAAUGCUUUGACAAAUGGAUAUAGCAAAGAGAGGAAGAUAGAUGAAGCAUUUGAAGUGUGCAAUCAAAUGUCCAAUAAAGGAGUACCUUUAGAUGAAAUCACAUAUACUACAUUGAUUCAUGGCUGGCAUCAGUCUUCAACAACUGCAAAUCAAGAUUAAUGUGGAAAUUUCAAGAGGGAAGCUGGUGGUAGAGACAGUCCUUGGCAACCUCUUCUCCAGAUUUAAGUAUGAUCUUUGUACUUCAGAGGUCUGCUUUGCUGUUGCAGAUUUGCGGUAGCUGCUUGUAGACCAUGAGCCGUGAGCUUGUUGUAAGACAAAGUACGGUGGUACAGUUCCUCAUUGGCCCACAGAACAUGAGAUCUCGAUUGCUAGUUUCAUUUGGAUUGGACGAUGGAGAAACUUUAUUACUUCCAGGCAGCAGGUAGUCCUUUGAUAGCUCCUCCUCACCGAUUAGGCAUGCAUUCAGUAUAAGCCGAUUGGAGUAAGUCCUUUCAAAGGUUUUUACCCGCCUCAUGAGAUCUACUACUUCAUAAACUUAAGGGUGCAACCGUGCGGGCCCUGCGCCAGAUUUUGGAGGUCAUAUUAUAAAGGGGAAGAGAAAGUGAGAAGAGUCUGAGGGGAAAAGAUGCAAAGGAGGCGGAUGACCACAAUAUUGUAUAGAACCUCAAGCUCUCAAGAGUUCCUCUUAUCCUCAGGUUUGAUAAAAAAGCUCUAAACCCAUCAGGCCAUAGAUUCGCUCUUUCUGAUGUUCAUUUGGACAACCUCGUUGUCAAAUAUAUCCUCCACCUCUGUUUGGCUUCUGAGACAAUCGUAGAGUUAUUAUUAAGCAUCCAAGGAAAUAAGCUUCAUUCAA